AAGACACAAGAGAACCAUCAUAGUGUUUAUGAUAGGGAUGUUUUUUAAGAAUGCAUUUGGGUGUACAGGUGACAGGCACAAAUAUAUAUAUCCAUUUAAUUAUACACAAAAAUAAAAGAAACAUAAAAGGACAACACUAUGAAAGACUAAUUGCUAAGCAUUUCUUUAAAGCUUGCUGAAAAUUCCUCUCUGUGUCAAUCAGUUUCAAAGAUACUGGAAGUUUAUUCCAUUCAAUUGCACUUGUAUAUAAGGAGGUGUCAUUGUCCACUGAACUUUGAAAUCUUAAAAGAAUAAAAUCUGUUGAGCUGUGUCUCAUCAAAUAGUUGUAAUUCUCUCUGAAGAGACUGAAGUAGUUGGACGGAUGUUUGGGGACCUAUAAACAAUUUUAUUUGCAUGACUCUUUAUUGACAGGAAGCCAAUUAAAUUGUAGAAAAUGUGCCAAAUCAAGAUGGGUACCCAGAGGUAACUUGUCUUUAUGUGCUGUGAUGUACUGAUAAGCCAGGAGGUGGCAGCAUAGCCAAAGUGACAUUAAACGAAUGCCCCUGCUAACAUCUUUAGCACUGAUGUAUUCAAUCACUCUGAUUUUCUUGCCAAGAAUUUUGUCUUUUGGCAGAUUUUAGUGAGGGCUUUCAUUGUCAUGGCCUCCCUUGAUAGAUGUUUAUAUAAUGUAUAUCUUAAAUCGCAGUAAUAGUAUCUUUAGCCUUCCUUUACUGUCAUCUCUGCUGUCUUUCCUAGUUUUAUUCUGAAUCCAAAAAGAUGGCCUCUAUUUUCCCUAAAUGAAGACACAGCUUGUUAUUAGACAGCCGAGUCCCAAAAGUGUGAGGCUCAUGCUGAAUCAUAAUGAGACACCAGAAUAGCUGAAUUGUCUGCAUAGAGAAACAGGUCAGAAGAACAGACCACCUUUAUAUCAUUAAUGUACAGCAGGAAAAAAGUGGCCCUGAGACACACCCUUGAGGGACCCCACAACUUGUGUAAUAAAUUAAAAAAGGCACAAUAAAAAAAUAACUUAUAGACAAAUUCACAUUUGGUUUAUACAGUACAAUACAUACAUUGCUUUUGGAGCUCUGGUCCAUGUAUUGCCAGACAUAUUAGUACAGUUUUAAAACACAAUAUUUGUUAAGCUGUGGAUUAUCUAAAGGAAGAUGCUUGGACUCACAGAAAUCUUUCAUUUAUUUCAUUAAAAAGCUCAGAGUAAAAAAGAAAGAAAAUGACAACACUUUUAUAGAUCUGUUAAGAUCUAUAAAGAUCUGAUAAAUUACUUGCACAGUGAUGUUAGUGACAUAGACCGAAGGGCAUGUGAAGGGCACAUUGGAUUGAAAAGUUCCUGUUUUUUCAAUGAAAUACAUGUCAGAAUGACAUUUUCCUGUAUCAUACAAUCAUUGAGGGAGAUCGUAUACGAUGUAUUUCUUUCUGUUAGAGCUCAGGCCUUUUUGUUUGACACUGUGAUAAUGUUAAUAAGCAUUGCUAUGAUGCAGUAAAAAUAUGAUUAUGUAGCAAAAUAAAUAGUGCUCUCCGGAAUAGGCCAGAGUUCAAUGACUGUUCAUGAAUAGUGAACAUUUAUUUCUUGUCAAAUCUCUGAUUGAGAACUUUGACCCUGCUCAGGGAAGGACCUGGAUUGGACUGAGUGACACCCAGAAGGAAAGGGUGUGGAAGGAGGAUGGAUGUGGUCUGAUGGGUCUGCAGUGGACUUUACCUUUUGGAAUACAGGACAGCCAGGCAACUAUAGAGAAUAUGAACACUGUGCUCACAACAACUAAGCAUAGUUAAGCAUUCAGCUAAACAAUAAUUCAGCAUUUUGCUAUAAGACUAAGCCACUGUAACAGUAGCACAAGUAAAGAAGAGUCAUAAAUUCAGCUACUGACUGUAAUACAGCCACCAUGAACUACUGGUCAUAGACUGUUGUAGCUGCAAGACUCCUGAAUGUUGAAAUGAGCAACAAUUUGUUUUAUUUCUAUGCAUUUGGCUUUUUAUUUGUAAGAGGAACACUGUGUUAUUUAUUAUCUUUAAAGUUAAGAAUUGUUAAGAAGAAAAGAUGUCUGUGGUCUGAAACUGCAAUGCUGGAACAUAAAAGUACUUGUUGUUAUGUUUUGUGGCCACUUGAGGGCAGCAGAAGAGCAGAUCAGUGUGAGGACGCUCUUCUCUUGGCUCUGGUGUCAGAUGCUGUGAUGGACAGGAAACCAGCAGGAGCGUUUAUUUAGUGUUUUAUCAGCCGUUGUCAUGACUGUGUAAAGUUAAACUGUGUUUUGCCCUGUGUGAAUGCAUUGGAACUCCAAAAUAAAGCUAUAAAUGUAAAACUUUAUGUGUGUACAGAGGUUAUGUAAUCAACAUUCAUUCUGCUAAUGUUGGGUAUUCACAAAAGAAACAUUUUCAUAUCUAAUAAUAAAAGUUUUCUGUCCCCUUCAUUCUGUAAUGUAAUAACAAUAAACACGAUUGCAUUUUAUUCCACAGAUUUAUCACCUGCUUGUUUGUGUUGACUUCAGUUAUUUCAGCAUUUUUCCAUGUCUGUUCCAGUCUGUGUGUAAUAGAUAGAUAUGGGAACAGCACAGGUGUAACAGCUGUUGCAGUCACCAGUACACUGCCUAUCAGCAUGUGAAUAUUUGAUUAACCACAGGCUCUGAGAGUAAAAUGCAAGUGGAAAUGUUUAUAUAGACUUUUAUGUGACAUCUCCAGAUGCUGGUGGUGUUUUUUUGGCUCAUGUUGAGUUACUGUGUGGUUGUGUACAGCUGAAAGUGUUUGCCAAGUUCAGUUGACCAAUAAUAUUGUGCCAACAGUGCAGACACCCUCUCUGAAGCAUGUAAAAGAAAGCAGCCUGUCACCUCUCUCCUUCAGGGUCUUGAUCCCAUCCAGCGGUGCAGAUCAACUCCAGCCAACAUACGACCCCUCAUCCUGCUCCUGUGACACAGAGACGCCAACAUGCUCUCGCUCCUCUUGUUGUUUGGUCUGGCUCUGGGUGCUUUGUCUUCUCCUGAUGUGAAGCUGCAGCGUGGCAACUGUCCCAUGUUCUGGUUCAGCUUCAACAGCCGCUGCUACAAGUACAUCGCCACACGUUUCACCUGGGCUGAUGCAGAGCUCCACUGUGUGUCAGAGGGAGCCAACCUGGUGUCCAUCCACAGUGCAGAUGAAGAGAAUUUUGUCAAAUCUCUGAUCAAGAACUUUGACCCUGCUCAGGGAAGGACCUGGAUCGGACUGAGUGACAUCCACAAGGAAGGCAGAUGGAUGUGGUCUGAUGGGUCUGCAGUGGACUUUGUCUUUUGGAAGGCAGGGGAGCCAAACAAUAGUGAACGAGCUGAACACUGUGUUUUAAACAACUAUGAAACAGAUUUGAAAUGGAAUGACGGCCGCUGUUCUGAUAUUUAUGCCUCUGUUUGUACAUUUCGUAUAACCUGUCCAUAGCAACUGAGAGGGUAACAUAUGUCUGACUGAGCCUGAUCACUGUUCACCUGUUGCUCUGCUGACAUGAAUUAGGCCUCUACAAUAAAGACACACUGUCAUUUUCAUGAAUGUUGGACAUUCACACAGGUAACUUUAGUGGUUGAUCAAAAGGAAUAUUUCCACGCCGUUAUCAUAAUCUCAAAAUUAAUAUUACCAAUAUUUAUUAAAAAUAAUAAUACCCCUUCAUUGUACUUAACAAACAUGUAUUAUUAAGAGGAUUAGAACCUACAGCCAUAAACUAAACAUGAUUUUGAAUCCACAGAUUGCUACCCUUUGUGUUUUUAUAGAUUUACAUUUAUUUGUGUCUUUGCAUGUCUUCUCCAGCUGUGUGUCUUGUGUGUGUA